AUGUCGAGAUCAACGGGCAUUACAUCUCUCAAUAUUAGAGAAAAAGUCAAAGCUUCCUUGUUGAAGGUAUUGGAAGGUGUUGGAGAAAAGGACCAAUGGAAAGUUUUAAUUGUUGAUGAUAAUGCUAUGCAAGUCAUUUCUUCAGCUUGUAAAGUAAGCGAUCUGAUGGUUAAGAAUGUUACAAUUAUUGAAAGUUUGUCCAAGAAGAGACAACCAUUCCCUACCAUGGAUGCUAUUUACUUUGUUUCCCCAACUAAAAGUUCUGUAGAAAAGGUUAUUGAAGAUUAUAAUACUCCAAACAAACCAACUUACGGAAAUGCUCACCUACUUUUCACCAGUAGAUUACCUGAAAGUUUAAUGGAGGAAAUUUCAAGAUCUAGACUUCACGCUCGUGUAAAAACCUUGUCUGAAGUCAAUAUUGAUUUCCUUGCAGUUGAAAGACCAAUUUUUACUUUUAAACAACAAAACGAUAUUCAAAGAAUGUUGGAUGUUGACAACCGUGAAAAGGAAAAGUAUGCCAAUCAAAUUGCCGACCAAUUAUAUACCUUCUUCUUGACCUCUGGAUUUGCUCCAUAUGUUCGUUAUGCUUCCGAUUCAGUUGUUUCUAAAACUGCUGCCAGUAGACUCUAUGAUUUGAUUGCCAAGUCAAAGGGACUUACCAAGGAUAAAUCCAUUGUUUUAAUUGUAGACCGUACUGAAGACAUUAAUGCUCCUCUUCUCCACGAAUUUACCUAUCAAGCUAUGACUUAUGAUUUGGUCAAGGUUUCACCUUUGGAUAAUAUCUACAGUUACUCAUUCACAAGUGGAGACAAACAACAAAAGACAAAGAGAGUUUUAUUGGACGAACAGUAUGAUCCAGUAUGGGAAAGAUUUAGACACGUUCACUUUGCUGAACUCGGUAAAGAAUUACAAAAGGAAAUUGACCAAUUCUUGAACGAACAUCAAGAUAUUUCAAAUGCUCAAAAGAAGGAAGUUGGUAAGAAAUUGGAAGCUGCUGAAAUGUCUGACAUGAUCAGAAAACUCCCUCAAUACCAAAAGAAUCUCUCAAUGUAUUCUAUGCACAAACAAAUCAACAAGGAUUUAUUGACAAUUUUCCGUGAACAAAGCUUGAGCAAGAUUGCUAUUGAAGAACAAAAUAUGGCUACUGGUGAAUCUCCAGAAGGUCAAAAGGCUACCACUAAAGAACUCAUGACUACUAUUGGAGCUAUUCUCUCAAACAACAGUGUGGAUGAUGAAAACAAGAUGAGAUUAAUUAUGUUGUUCGUUAUUUUCAAUCAAGGAAAGAUGGAUGACAAGAAGGACAAGUUAUGUAGAAUGGCCAGAUUGACCGACGAACGUAUUGAUACUAUUAAUAAUUUGGCUGCCUUGAUCAAAUCCUCAAAGAGUGGAUUUUCAUCCAAGUUGUCUAAAUUCUUUGACUCGUUCAAAAAGUCAGGCGGUAGCGAUAAGGAAGUUGGUUAUCAACUCUCCAGAUAUACUCCAAAGAUUAAGGAACUUGCUGAAAAAUGUAUGACUGGUAAAUUGGAAACAGAAAAUUAUCCAUACAUUAACGAUCCACCAAGUAACUUUAAGCUUUCCAAUAAGGAUACAGGUAAAGCUUCUACUGCUUCUUCUUCAAAGACCUCAUCAAGCAGGUCUGAAUCUACAACAAGUGAUUUGAGAUCUAAAAAGACUGGUGGUCCAACAUGGAAUAAGAAGAAGGGCGGUUCAGAACCAGAAGAAACAACCAUCUCAACAACAACAAGUACCAAGAUUGACAAUAGUAUGAAGAUGUUCGUCUUUGUAAUUGGUGGUAUGACACACAGCGAAACAAGAAGUUGUUACGAAUUGAUGUCAGAACACAGUAUGGAUGUAUUCUUUGGAUCUACCUCAAUCCUCACACCACAAUCUUUCCUUGAAAAACUCUCUGAAUUGAGAACUUUGUAAACAAUAAAAACCCAAUCUGACAUGUAA